AUGAAGAGCGUUUUGUUCCUGUACUCUGGAAGCGACAACUCUAAAGCUGAGAAGCUUAAGGAUUAUUUACAAGGAAAGCUACGAAAAGUGGCAGAUGUACGAAAUAUUACUGAUAUUCUGGCAGAGGAACAGGAUUUUAAAAAAGAACUGUCUCACAGCAGCUGCGUCGUUUUGACAGGAUCGCGCCAUGCUUCGUCACUCAUUCAAAACAAACGCCAAGAAACCGAAGAUGAUUUUAUCACUUUCGACGGUAAAGUGAUACAUGAUGAGUUCACAGGAAACAAAGAACUGCUAGACAGAUUAGUGAUAGUUUUUUUCACGGAGAGAACCAAGAAUGACUGGAUCCCAACCGGUCUGGAUGAAAAGAGAAUAUUUAACUUGCAAGGUGAAGAAAUUCAGAGAGGAAAUCCUUCCUUAGACCAUCUCGAAGAUUGCAUUAAGGGAAUCUUGACUGGCAAAACUCGUGUGUAAUGAGACAGAAAUACGACAUAUUGUAAAGCCCCGUCUCUUUCGAGGAGAGCCGACUAGCUUCCAAUGAAGUAGAUUUUUAAAAUCUAACGAUGCGUGUGAGCAAAGGUUUUAGUAAUAGAUUGCCAUGAGUGUAUUAAACAAUCUCGAAUUCCAGCUAUAACUGUUUUAAUGCGAUCAAGAAUGGACUUUGCGCUUAAAUUUUCUAUCUUCUCAGUUGGAGCGUAUAGCUUCAAAGCGGGAACCUGCGACAGAUGAAAUUUUACGGUACUUCAUUUAUUCAGUUUAGCCCGACAUAUUGUAUUUUGAAGCCAACUACUGCGUUAGUCUUGCAAUUGUGAAGCAAAUUCAUUGAUUUCGUCAUCGUAGUCAGGGUACUUGUCGCACGGGGUCCGCUACAAUAUCAAUCGUUCUUAUUUUUUUAUGGUCGGUAAGAAGAACCGGAGAUCCUGGAAGCGAGAUUCAUCACACUUGUCACCAUUUCACUUUUUCCCUGUUAUCGACCCUAUGCACCAAUACUGUGCUUUGUAAUUCGUUUACUACUAUGAAACUAAUCAAUAUUUUUCAUACUAUGUAUGCCCUGAAUAGCGCUGAACAGAGGUUAAUAGUAUACCAAUGCUUUAUUAAGUUACACAGAGAACACUAAUAUCUUUAAAUUUUUUAAUAUAGCACAAUGCAUAGACUAAUAAAUAAACAUCGACUCCCUAACGCAAGAAGAACAUGACCGGAACAUUUAAGGAAUCUAAAGAUUGCGAAACUGACACUAGUCACAUCAAUCCCCACUGCUCUGUUCGGAAGCUUUGCAAAUUCUUCGAACAUUUUCAAGCACUAUUUAAGUAUCUACAAUAUUUUUCUUGAGCUCUUUCAGCUGAAUAUUUUGUCUUCAUAAUUCCAUAUCAUUUACUCAAGUUAGUCACACGGUUGAGCCAAGAGUGUAACCAUUAAACAAGGGUUUUGAUUGAAAAUUUAUCCACACACGCAACCAAGAUUAAUUAUCACUGUCUAGCAUUUUGAAACAGUCAUUCUAAAGAAGGUUAUUUUAGCAGCCAGCUUUUAACAAAAAGAAAAAAAAAAAAAAAAAAGAAACGGUUCUUGCUCUCUCCUUUAGGAAACCUUCAGUUCGUGUUAAACUCCAUUAUUCUGGAGAUCAGUACAAGAAAUCGUCGCCGAGUAAUAUUUUCUUCAUGCGAUAUUCAAGGUGGCAUAAUGUGGGAGAUCCAUCGAGAGGAACUAUUCCAUCUUCCACAUGAAAAACUCGCUUUUCAUCAAAACCAUUUGGGAUCCAGUCAUUCUUGGUUCUUUCUGUGAAGAGAAUGAUGAUGAGUCUGUUCUUGACAAGUUCUUUGUUCUCUGUGAACUCAUCAUGCAUUACUUUGCCAUCAAAAAGAACGUCGUCCUCGUCUUUCUCUUGCUCCUUGUUCUGGAUGAGGGAUAAAGCUCGGGGUGACCCAAUUAGCACAACGCACUCACUGCGGCGAAGAAUAGUCCUGAAAUCUUGUUUCCUUACAAGAAUGUUCGGGAUGUUUCUCAUGUCGGCAAUCGUUCGCAGCCUGCCUUGAAAAUAAUUCAUGAGUCGCCGACCUUUUGCGUUGUCGCUCUCAGUGUACAAAAACAAUGAGCAUUUCAUUUUCGACUUCAAUUUUUGUGUGGAGAUAUAAACAAAUUGGAUGAAACUGCUUUCGGAUAGUCUUUUUUAAAUCUGUUAGACAGGAAACUAACAACUGUACUAGCAAACAAGAUUAGUCGAAAAUACAGCGAGAACACACCCUUGGUUUCCACAAUAUAUACCAAAACAAAAAGUGUGAAUUGCAUUUGAAAUCACUAUCGAGUUGUGUGUGAAGACCUUCUAUACAAAACUGAUUGAUGAUAUGUGUGUUUGGACUGAAAAUUCACACAACUUGUGCUUUUUUUGUUUUCUUAGCACCGUAUUAAUAAUAGAAAAACUCAGCAUGCCGGCCUGAGCUCGUGCUUAAUUUUUUAGGCAUGGAUGUUUUUAAAUACUUUCUCUGGAUUUGAUACCGCAACGUGCCACGGGAACCAAUUCCUUUUUGUCUCUCUCAAAUCUCUGCCUGCACACAUUUUUGGAAAUUAUGAAUAUUUCAACAGCUUCUGUAACUCGUAGUAUCAGAUGACUUUGGUUUUUGGCCGAUACAACGCGCGAUCUGAUUGGCUAAGAGCGAUAUCAAAGCAGAUCAUUGUACAGCGGUAUAUUAUGCAGGGGAUGAUUUAAAAAUUUAUAUCAGAGCAUUCUUAAGCAUUUGUAUUUUCUUUCACCAAGCGGCCGAAUGUGUUUGAACUAUUUGAAAGCAUUUCUUUUCUUUCCUGUUUGUAUUCCAGUUGACGUUUUGCCUUGAAAAUCGGACACAAUUUCUCUUAUCAAGUUGUGACACCACUAUCACUCUGAAAUACUUUUUUAAGGGUCUAAGAAUUAUAUAUUUUUUUAAAAAAUGUGCGUUCCUGACGGAAUACGUGAUACAGUGGUGAAGUUCACUUGUUGCGAAGUUUUACUGUGGAUUUGAGUCAAUGAAUGAACAGGUAAACGAACGCAUCGACGACUUCCGCUUGAAUAAAUUUUUCGUUUCUAUAGUUUAAAAAGCCAUAUAAUGAGUAGGUUUAUAUACAUACAUGCAUACAUACAUACAUACAUACAUAUAUAUAUAUAUAUAUAUACAUAUUUAUGAUCCAUCAAAUAUUUAAUACCCGCGAUUGUUCUAAACGCAGCACGUGACCGUCCAUAAUAAGGAAAAAAUAAGGGCCAAUAUUCACCCUAAUGACCUCACGCUUGUUCAAUAACACACCCAUAUAUUUUUAGUUAUGAACCACUCUUUCUAUCGGUUUACUGACUAAUAAACCAUGCGGAAUGUUGGGAGAACACGCAAAAAGUUGGUGAACCAUGCGGCGAGAUAUAUAUUUAUAUCUAAUAUAUAUAUAUAUAUAUAUAUACAUAUAUGUAUUCAUAUAUGUAUACUUAGCUCUGCUAUCACAGCGUUGAGUACUUUAUGCUAAGGUAGACUCUACCCCCACAUUCAUUUAAAUUCAUAAAUGAAUGUGGGGGUAGAGUCUACCUUGGCAUAAAGUACUCAACGCGGUGGUAGCAGAGCUAAGUAUACAUAAGAUAAAGAGAAUAAAAGAAAAAGAAUAAAGAAAAAGGAUAAAGAAGAAGAAUAAAGUUCUGUCUGCUGAGCGCUUAGGCACGAAACUCAGAGUCACAGAGAAUCGAUGCGUCCUCUUUAAUUCUUUAAGUCAUGCAUAUAUAUAUAUAUAUGCGUCUACGCAGAAUGCGCAGGAAAGCUUACUUCUUCCUCAACCCUGAUACGAUCACCCACUCCAAAGACACAUAUGGUUUCAAGUCUACCAAGAUCCCCCUCCGAUCGACGAGUCAAAGGGAUUUGAAGACGACAUGCUAAAAAUGAUACAAUCGACGAAAUUCAAACAAGUAAACAACCCUUUUCUCAACAAACUCAAAGGCGACACCAAACGCAUAAAAAACGAAACCAAGCUACUCAUCGCCGCUGACUAAACAAAGAACUCUUACAAACUAGAAUCGUCAACAUACAACGAUCUACUAAAGCAAAAUAUCACAAAGUCCUACAAAAAAGCACAACCUAACACCACACAAGCCAUCCAUUCAGAAAACAAAAACAUCGCAACGAAACUAGGCAUCGAUGACAGGGUGGACAUCACAGCUAACAAAGACGCAUUCAUAACACUGAAAGACCACAAACCGAACUUCGCUAACAAACCGACCUGCCGACUAAUUAACCCCACCAAAUCCAAGAUAGGCAGAAUCAGCAAAACAAUCGUCGACAGAAUCAACAACAAAAUCACGAGAGCAUCCAAAUUCAGCCAAUGGAAAAACAUAGCACCCGUGAUCGAGUGGUUUAAAUCCAUUAAAAACAAGCAAUACCAUAUUUGCUUUGACAUGAAAGAAUUCUACCCCUCCAUUAGCCAAACCUCCUGAACCAGAGCACUCGACUUCACCUCAGCUUACGAAAACAUCACCGAGGACGAAAGAAACAUCAUAACACAUGCAAAACAUUCAAUCCUUAUGCACAAACAACAACUCUGGCAAAAGAAGGGUGAUACAAAAUUUGACGUCACAAUGGGCAGCUACGACGGUGCCUAAACAUGCGAACUAGUAGGAAGUUUCCUCCUUUCCCUUCUGCAGAAACUCACCAUCAACACUGGACUUUACAGAGACGACGGACUGGCCGUUUCAAACACCACACCGAGAGACACAGAAAACAUCAAAAAGGAAAUAUGCCGCAUCUUCAACCACAAUGGACUACGGAUCACCAUCGAAGCCAACAAACAGACCAUCAAUUUCUUAGACGUCACUUUCAACCUGAACAAAAACACCCAUCAGCCCUUCACAAAGCCUAACACCACACUAUAAUACGUCCACCGCGAGAGCAACCAGCCACUAACCACCCACCACCCACUAACCACCCACCAACCACUACAAAGAACGUACCCGCCGGCAUCAACAAAAGACUGUCAUCCCUUUCAUCUGACAAAGCAUCCUUCGACAAAGCCGUACCAAAAAGCCAUACCAAAAUGCACUAGACGAAUGCGGAUACCGGUAUAUUCUACAAUGCGAACCACCCACGACUAACAAUCGAAAAAACAGACAACGGAACAAAAUUCUCUGGUGCAACCCCCCAUUCAGCAAAAACUGUGUAACGAUUGAAGUAUUAUUUUUAUGUAAAUUUAUAAAGUAUAUAGAGGAUGGUAAGAAUAUUCUUAACAAUAAAAUCCCCUGAUGACUGAGCAAUCACGUUUUUCCCCUAUCGCAACAUAUAUAUAUGUGUAUAUAUGUAUGUAUAACUAAUUACCGACAGUACUGUUUCGACCCUCUGGGCCUCAUCAGUGCAGUGCUGAUGCUGCUUAGGGUUAGGGUUUAGGGUUAGGGUUACACAAUAAAUAAAUAAAUAAAUAAAUAUACAGAAGGUAAAGAAUUAGAGAGGACGCAUCGAUUCUCUGUGACUCUGAGUUUCGCGCCUAAGCGCUCGUCAGUCAGAACUCUAACGACUAACGACUCUGACUCUGACGAGCGCUUAGGCGCGAAAUUCAGAGUCACAGAGAAUCGAUGCGUCCUCUUUAUAUAUAUAUAUAUAUAUAUAUAUAUAUAUAUAUAUAUAUAUAUAUAUAUUUAUAUAUCGUCAUCUAUACGUCUGUCCUCCAAUAGAACUUUUUUUCCGUAUAUUUUAAUUUUUUAUUAUAUAACACAGAUAGAUUUCAAGUUGCCGUGCGUCUGUUCAUGAAUAGAUCACAGAUGACGUCAAAAUGUGGUGAGAACAAAAAAGUGGCACUCAGGGCGCAUGACCAAGUAGUUUAUUUGUCUUUUUCCUCCCACAAUAUAUACAUCGCUCUACUCCUAUUUAUUGAGCACUGUUUUACGUAAGUCAAAUUACUCUUAUAUACAUUUAUAUACAAUCACUAAUCAUAUAUCAUAAAAUUUCCCAAUUUGCUUUGUGAAAAAUUCCAAGCGAUUGUACAGACAUCAAUCUCUGGGCUGUGACGUGACAAGUCGCACUAUUUAAUGGUGCAUACUUGCCUCCUACGAGGAAUUAAAACUGGUGCCCAGGGGCACCUUGGUUUUUAACGAAGAAGCCGAUAAAUCCCUGGGGACGAGUUUCUCUCCAUCUGCUGCCAUUUAGUCAUUUGCAAUACUGGCCGACUAGCGAGAUCCUGCGUUACUAAAAGCUAGUUAUAUUUGACCCCGAAGUGUGGUGGAUAUUCAAUACACGUAACUUAAAUGUGGCUGCUUUUUAACGAAUCAAGAAUGAGUAAAAGGGAGCAGGAGUUGAAGUGUGUUGAAAAGGGCAAAGAGCUACGAGAUGUGGAGAAAAUAGAUCGCUGUCUCGGUCUUCAGCAAGAAAACUUUGAAGAUGAACUCGACGACAACUUUUGGAUUAAGGUAAUGAAAGUGUGAUGUUUUUUAAAAGUAGAUCUUUGUGAGUAACAUGCAUCUAUUUAUUUUUCUCCGUGAAAUUAAUCAUAUAUAUUGACUCUGUAAUGUUAUUUAAAAAGGUGCAUGAGAAGCAAAACGAAGGGUCUCCAUGGAACAGAGCAAUGGAUGAAGUUCAUGUCGAAAGGCUCAUUGAGAAUUACAAGGAUGGUGGGGAACUUUGCAGUGAGGAUCCAGCUCUUUUGAUGUUAAAAAAAUGGCCAGUUUCCAGAAAGUACUAUGAUAAUCCAGAAAAACUUCCCGGACUUGAACAAUUGGUGUGUGUACAUAGGUUUUCACACAAAAACGUACUUGUCUUUUCUUCUUCUACCCAGCUAGUUUACAAAAUUUCAUCAAGAAGUCUUAAUUUUUGCUAUUAAGGUUAUUGUUAAAAAUAUUUUCUCCGAUGUGAAUUUGUAGAUAAACCGGCGGCUGGAGAUUUUGUUGGAAAGUGAACUAAACUUAAAGAACAGAUACGAGUCGUUUCAAGAUGAAGAUGACCAAGCAAAGAAGACACUUUUGCACUAUACAGCAGAACUUGGCUUUUUACAUGUCACUAAAACACUUGUGAGAAAAUGUCCCAAGCUUCUGGCUGUAAAGACCGAAGAUCAACGAAAACCUGUGGAAAAACGAGCCAUGUUGCCUGUGGAAUCGGCGAUAGAAGCAGAGAAGGAUGAUGUGGCUGCAUUUUUGAUUAGAGUUAUGUGGCAUGAGAGGUAAAAAAAUUCUUUUUAUUUAGACAAGCCGAAACAAGUUUUCUACAUCAAGGGUUCAAGGGGCAUGAAUCUUAGAGAGAUGAAUUUAUUCUUCUGGCAAAAUUAAAUUUUUCAGAUGACCAGGUUUUAAAAUGUGUUUGAGUAACAUCUGAUGUUCAUUAUUCAAAUAAAUUGCUGAAAUAUUGGUAAAAAUACAAAAAAUUAUUUAUUGAAUUCAGAUAAUUUCUUUCAAACAUCUUGAUCAAGCCAGACUGCUGUGAGUAACCUGUUAACUCAAACACUGAAACCUACAGCAUGCUUUUAAAGUGAUGAUAAAUUUGUAACAUUAUUUUCAGAGUUCAAAGUUUAUUUUCCUGGAUAAUUGAGGAUACAACAAAUCCUGAACCAUCCUUACUCAGUUUUAUAGGAGUUAUUGAGAAUCCAAAGAUGAAGGUGAGCCUUUUAUAUAUAUAUAUAUACAUAAUUUUGAAAUGGACCACAAGUUUGAUUUGAAUUCUGAAAAUGACUUGGUGAGUUAAAAACCUGUUGGUGAAUCCUAUACAGCAUAAUGAGAGUGAGUUCUGCAGUUUUUAUUGCAUCAUGUAUAACAAAUCAGCUCCUGUUUCUGAUAUCUGAUCACAAAAAUGGAGAUAGGAGGGGAAUCAAAGGUGCUAUGGUCCUGGCCAGUUAUUCAAAGCCAGUUAUAAAAUUGUAGGAAAUUUUUCUACCAAGUGCUUUCAAUUUGGUGAUACAUUUGUUAUUGACUUUUGCAACCUUUGUUUAGUACAUGUCCUAUUUAUGAAUCCAGAAUUGGCUCAUUCUUAUCCUGCCUAAAUAGGCUGGUUAGUAACUUCUUCAGAUUUCAAUCUUUUUAUCUGCACAUCUGCUAUGUGUUCGAAAGAAUAGAGAAUGAUCAUGUUGAUAUUUUUUUAUGAUUUUUACCACCACAUCAUUGUAACAUAACUAUACUGUUAUUAGUAUCCUCACCAUUAGUAUUACUAUCAUCAUUACUAUCAUAGUUAUUCUAAGUACUAUUUUCAUCAGCGCUGUCAUUUUAGUAUAACUAUCAUAACUGUUAUUAUUAUUAAUCAAGCUCAGAAUUAACAUUAUACUUUGAGCAUUAUCAAUCCUACACAUACAGUAGAGAUGUUUUUUUAUUUGACAUACAUUGAUUUGCUUUGUCUGUAGAAAACAGUAGUGGCUGUAUUAGACCAGAUGUUGAUCCCUCAUUGGCCAUAUCUUCCUAAACGCCAAGAAAACUACGAAACUGGAAUGGAGAGGGAGGCAGUUGAAGGAGUUUGGAACACAAUAUCAGAUGAUCCAUUAAACUAUCAUUUUUAUUAUCAUAUUUUGGACGGAGAUGAGGGAGGACGACCCCCAAUGAUUGUGACUUCUGAUGGACACAAGCAGACUGAAAACAAAUAUUUCAACUGGAAAAGCAAAUCUUGUUUAUGUGCCAUUGCAAAGAGCAACAAUAAGGUAAGAUCUAAAGAAAUUGAAAUGUUGAGAAAUUUCAUUUGAAAGAUAUGUAAUGUCACAUGUAGAUAUCCAGAUUCACAUAUCAGCAAAUGUUUACUUAUAUUGGAGUUAAUUUAUUCUUAGAAACCAGUUCUUGUUUUUUAUUCUUAGGAAGCUUUGCAACAUCCUGUGGUCAGAAUGUUGAUUAGAACAAAAUGGAAAAGUUAUGGACACUUGUUUCUCAGGUAAAUCAGCUGAUUGCAGGCUCCAUCCUAAAUUUAUAGAAAUACUGCUAUAUCAUGCUUAUGCAUACCACACUUAAGAUGAUAGCUUGUAAAUUUUUUCAGUUUAGUUUUGUCCCUGUGAUUCAGACUAAUUUUUCUGUGAUCAUUGUGAAUGCAUGAUACUGGAAAAAGUUAAAUCCAUUUUUAAAUUUCUCAGGGGUUGCUGACAAAAAUACUAGCUAGGUUACAGAGAGGAAAUACUCAAGCAUUUGUAUAUUCUUAUGAAUCUCCAAAAACCUCAUCCUCUUCAAUUCCUUUCCUGCAAUCAAGGUGAUAACUCUCUUUCUGUUCCUUUAGACUACAAGCAGUAUUGUAUGUGAUAUUCUUGCUGUGUUUGUCAUAUUCUCUGCUACAUGCUUCUACUAAAGUGGACCCCACCCAUUAUAGCGAUGUGCCAGACUCAUUGCGUGGACUUUGUGAAGUUGUCACUCUUCUUAUGGUUGUGUUUUACAUCUGUGAGGAAAUAAAUCAGAUAAGAAUGUAAGUAAUUAUAGUAGUAAGGGGUUACUGUGGAAGUUUCAUCAAGGCCCUCUUAUUUGAAGGACCAAAAAACACCUCAUAAAAUUUUUAGACAAGGAGCGAAGUAAUGGAAAUUGUUUGAUUUCUUGCAGAGAAGGGCGUGGUUAUUUCACAGAGUGGAUGACUUUGUUUGACUGGUUAGGCCUGCUGUUGAUAUUGUGUAUAGUACCGUUACGAUACAUGGAUCAUAAAGCACAGUGGAUGGUGACAUCUUUGGCCUUCUUGUUCAACUUCCUGAGGAUAUUUAAAUUUUCAUGUGUGUCAAGGUAACCUACAACUCCCAAUUGAUUACUUGAGUUCGAAAAGAGCACUGAUGAAUUAAAACUCAUCCCUUCGUCAAUCUAACCUGACAUUACACUGAAUCUCUCUUAGGACAACAGGAUUAUACACAAAAACCUUGGCCAAGAUCAUUUUACAUGAUGUGACAAGAUCCAUGGCAGUUUUUAUUGUGAUCUUUUUCUCCUUCUGUGGUGCCCUGACUUUAUCACUUUGUUACUCCGGAUCCAAUGAAAACCAAGAACUUCGGUGCGUCUCUGUUGAGUAUAUCUCCUCAACAAAGCUAUGAAGUUGUUUUGGAAAAAACAACUUGGGGUAUUGUUUGUUACAAGUCAAUAAAAUAUUUGAUAAUUUCCUUUGGAAUUUGUUUAAUUUGAUCUGCUCUUUAUUAGCUAGAUGUUUUAUUUAUUCGAACUAUUCUUAUCCUUUCUAGCAAAAGCAAUUUACUGAUCGCGGGAAUUUAGAUGUUGAAUAGAGCGCGUGGGAAGUGCAAAAAAGCCCAACAUACUAAUUUUAAUUUUUGAUUUUGCCUUUAGUGGUUUUGGAGACGUCUUGAUGAGCGGGUUUCGAGCACUGUCCGAGCAGUAUCCAAUGGCGCAAAAUUACUCGCCUUUCAAGUACGUGACACUAAUCUUUGAAGUAAUUGCUGAACAUCUCUUUACGCAUAACGACUGUUACGAUUUGAGUCUUAAAAGCUAGCUCAGGGAAGAUAAGGUCACAAGUCAUAUCAGGUCUGUAAUAAGGGAGCGGUGGUGUUUAGUAAGUCACACAUAUUUUCCUUCAGUAGAUAAGCUUAGCUUUGUGAAUCUUUCUUUCCUGCAGCUGGCUGUCAGUUCUUCUAAUGAUGGCGUAUAUGGGAACAGUGACUGUGAUUCUGCUCAACAUUCUCAUUGCACAGAUGAGUACAACUUACACACAGGCCAAGAAAGUCGCCCGUCUGGAAUAUGAUGUGGAUCGUAUUUUACAGCUCACUCGCAUGGAGAGAUUUCCUUUUCUGGUGAGUAUCCACAAGGUCAUUAGAAUAAAGCCGUUAUAAUAUUGACGCCAGGUGCGAUCGCGCAAAUGUGCUGCUCGCCUCGUACAAGUGUGAAUGAGGGGGUGGAAGGUGAAGGUCAUUGAUUUAUUAUGCAACAACCUUUCUCUCUCUCUGUAGAAUUUACGCGUGAAGUAUUACAAAGAGGGAGACUGGAUCAGUGAAAUGAAACUUGCAAAAGGUCGGUAAUGAAAUAAAUGAGACUAGUUAUUAAGACAUACCAUCAGUCACAGGAUGUUGUUAGCUGAAAGGUGGAACGGCUAUUUGUAAGAAGGACAAAUUUGGCGUGGCUACUAAAAGGAGUGGUGUGGAAACGAAAAGAAGGGCUGCUUAAAUUACAAACCUUCCUUUAAAUUAGCAAGAGCUAUGUAGCUAUUUGAGCGAACAGUCUCUAAUUCAAUUCCUCGUUGGUGGGUGUAGGGAGUCUCGAAAGUAGUAUGUAAAAGCAAAACAUCUCUUGCUUUCCCAUGCUAUAAAUAAGGUGAUCUUGGUUGUAUUCAUAGAACUUCUGGAAUUUAGUGAAGAUCGCAGUCCUUGGGAUUCGGUUGAAGAGAAACUUAAUGAGAUCAGGUAGGAACAAUUCCCUCAAUUCCUUCGUCAGAACGAAACUAAAUUAGCCACAGCGACAAAUCGGAAGGUGGAUACAAAAAGUAGAAAAAUGAAAAAAUAAAAAAUAAAUCAAUUAAAUUUUCCGAAUCGGGGAAACGAUUGUCAUCAAGUCUAUAUCUGAUUGAUUGAGAGGAUAAAGCAAGUUUCCACAACCAAUUAGAGAACAAAGUGAAAGAAAAUUAAUUGAAUAAAUUUCCCGUGGCUCGUUACUAAAUUUUCUUACCCAACCCGCCUUCUUAUUUGUGUAUCAGCGAUUUUCUUUAUUGUGAGUUUCUCAUUUUAGGGAUCUGAUGAGAAAGAUGGUGAAACAGAUGAGGCCUGGACGCGAAUAA